GUAAAUAAACGUAGCUGGGAACAGGCGUUAAUGGGAAGGUCUUAUUUGAACCUGAGUUUAUUAAGUUUAGUUGAGGUUUUCUUCAUCAUGGUUGGUAUAAAGGUACACAAGAAACUAACAUUGUAUUUUUGGGGGAUAAUCUACAGGUUGGUGGCCUUUGAGGCUGUUAGUCACAUUGCUUAUAAUAUUUUGUGUGGCCGGGCUAUAGCUACUUGCCUACCUAGACUAAUAAAAAUGGAUCCUGACUAAAUCUUAGCUAACAUUUACAGUAUUAUGUGACAUAUGUUGUAUUUCUUGACUGUCAUGGAUGGCAUAUUACCAGAAUGUCAUGCGUGCUGGGCAACAUGUCUGGCAGAUGAUAAACUUAAGAUUGUGUUGUUGUUUUGGGAAUGAGGUUCAGUAUAGUAUAGACUCCAUAGCUCGUUAGGCAAGUUAAUAAUAUGACUUAACCUUAGGACUUAAGUAGAAGCUGCCUGUACCUGUCUUGGAGCACUGUACCAAAUUACCAAUAGUAUUAGAUUUAAUUUUACCUACAUGAUAGUACUGUACUGUAUUAGUGGAGUGAACCAUUAGUUUAUUGAUGUAGGAUGCUUCAUAUGGGCAUUCAAAAUGUUGUCUUUAUAAAUAUACUGUAUGUCUGUUGUUUCUAGAUGUCUCGCUAAGUUUGUAGUUUGUUCAUGAAAAUAGCAUAGGUAGCCACUGAGUUAUGAAUGGGUUAGACUCCUGGACCAUGUUCAUAAAUUAGAACUUAAUAAUUGUGGAAGUGAAGACAUUCAAAUGCAGUGUUAGUCACAUUGCCAACUUGUGUAUUGAAGGCUUAGUGUACAGUAUAUACAGUGUGUUAUUUCUACACUGCCUUUAGGACCCAUUUUCACUAGCAAUAAAUCAGUAUUUAAUUAGCUUCAUCUGUACCUGUAUUAAGUUCCAGAUGAUUUAUGAAAUAUACUGUUUACUACAGUGAGUGUAAUUAACUAGAAUAAGUACCUUAGUUUUAGAUACACUUCUAGUACAUCACAGUUCAGACAUCACCGUUAUGAUUAUGCCAACAUAGGAAUUGUUAUUGUGUCAGUAUUGUUUAGCCCCCAAAAUUUUUAUUCCCUUUUAUUUAUUAAUCAUUUACUUGUAUCCGAAUCACAAAGCAGUUGGUGUUUGUUCAAAUUGAGUGAUGGGCGAGAUAGAGCUGGGAGCGGCUGCAGAGGCCACCAUCCAGGCAUACAAAGAACUGGCAAGUGACCCUGGCAAGCGAUUAGCCUUAGCACUGGAUCGGACUUGUAUCCAGUUCCUAGCAUAUGUCAUUGCUGAAGGUGAGGGAUCCUUAGUACAGUCGGCCAUCGAAACUCUGUCCCUCAUUGCUGAAGCUAAAGAGUGUCGACCUUCGUUGGCCAAUACGUUUGGAGUGCUUGAGUCGCUGCAGAGUGUUACCGAAGAUGAAGAGAGCUACAGUAAGGAGCUACGUGACCAAGCUGCAGGCUUGUUCACCAGCCUGCAGUUUGCUCGCCACAUAAAGAAGUCCAAAAGCUCAGAAGAAACAACAGCAGCAGCAGGAACUAGUUCUGGUGCCACAUCAUCUGGUCACGUGCCCAACCAAUCCGAUACAGUUGAUAGUUCUUCAGAUAAAACAGAGAAAGUAGAUUCUGCACCAAAGUCAAAGGAUUACUCAGAAGGGCCUCCAAUAAAAACAGAAAGUGUAACCAAAGGAGAUAAGAAACCCAGAUUCUCAGAGGAGAAGAAAGACAGUUUCCUGGGACCUCACAACACCAAGGCUAAGGUUGUUACUCUCUUCAUCAAGGGAAUGGUUCACCCAGAACAACGAAAACUAGUUGAAGAGGAAUUAGUAAGAGUCCGUGGACUUAUCAGCAUCGUGUUUGAUCUUGGACAUUCUCGCGUUACGUGUCGAGUAAAGCGGGACUUGUCAGUCGAAAAAUUAGCAGCUGCAGUGGCUCGCACGGAAACUCUCUCAGCACAACAAGUCACCACAAAUUCUGAUGGAGAAGAGGAGAUCAUACUAUUAGGGGGAACCCCAAAAGAAAUCAUUUCCCCAGUUGAGGACCUCCCAGACUACCUGCCUGAGGAGGACGCCCCAGUCGAUGAUGCCACGUCAGCCAUGGCCCCCUCUGGGACCUUCAUGGAGACUGCAACUUCAUGGUUCUCUACGGCCAGCAACCUCCUUCAAAAAUCUUUUUAUUGGUGACCGCGUGCAGAGCUUAACUUAUUCUUGUCUUUGUUUAUGAUACAUGAGUAGAACAUCAGUUCAAAGUAGGAAAGAUUCAGUAAUCUUUCAUUCAAAUUAACAAGGUAUAAAACAAGGUGCAUAGAAUCUGAUGGCAUUUAGAACUUGGUGCUUAGGAACAAAGUAUUUUGACUUGUAGAGAGGAUAAGAAUAUUGUUGCUGGACAGUUUUUUAUACCUGUACAGUACUAGUAGCUUUUGCUGGUAUCUAAUGAGUUUAGGUUAAACAUAUGGUAAGCUUAACAGAAUGCAUUUGAUAUUAGUUAAUUCUGAAUUUUAGAAAUUUAUGAAAAUCAACUAAAGUUAGUGAAAAUGAGACAAAGUGUUGACCUUUUUUAUUCUUUAUGGACAUUACUGUAUAACUAAAAAUACUGUUAUGAAUUAUCGGAUAAGGAAAUUCCUUCCUUACAUAAUUCAGACUUUCUCCAGCAGUUUACCUCUGGAUGCACACAAAUACCAAUAUAUCACUCAGCAGAUUAUAUUUUCCACGUUGGGAGCUUUGGUUGUAAUAUUUAAAACACUGACUCCUGUUAAUUCACCUUUUAAUAUUUCAGAGUUAUGCAUCAUUGUAAACUGUUUAAAUAGUUGUUUUUGUUAGUUUCGAUGUUGGAAAUGUUACAUAGUCAAAGAUUAGUUCAUAGCCUUUUAAGAAUAUAAUUUCUUGCCAACAUACUCAGGGUAAGGAAAGACUACUAUGAAAAUACAGAGGAAGGAGAGACUCACUGACCCCUACUGAUAAAGGUAAGAGAAGAUCACCUCUAUAAAUGAUCCAUUGUAUAAAGACAGUACAGUACAGUACUUACAUACUACAGUAUAUAAAGUCAUCAGUAAUGUAAAUCACUGAUGAAAGCAAACUUCUGCAGUCUCCUAGAUUCAGAGUUAGAAUAUUCAUGGCUUUUACGCUUAAUGCAAAAGUGUGCAAAAGUCCAUUGUUGGUGAUAAUAGAAGUCCAUACAGCUCUGUCUGUAGUUCAUGGAACACAUAGAAAGUUCAGAAAAUAAACAGUUAUCUUACCUUUUCAUUAUACUCAGCUCUUUGCUUAAACGUACCAGUGACUAGUGUUUCAUAUAUAUAUAUAUAUAUAUAUAUAUAUAUAUAUAUAAUUAUGCACUAGCUUUAUACAUUAAUAUAAAUCCUAUGUACAUUAAAUAAAGGAAUAUUCAUAUUACAUGUUAGUCCAGAAAUUAUGAAAUGAUGUCCAUAUGGUUAAUGAGGUCAAAGAUAUUUACCUUGUUCCCUGUCAGUAAUGAAAUUGCCCUUCAUCACAAAAACUGAGAAGCUACCAAGAACAGAGACUGGGAGGCUCGCAUGUGUGAGUGAAAGACAUAUGCCAGGACCUUGUGGUGAUUCAAAUAUUACCACGAAAAUACAAAAUGUCGUAUGACAAAUUGAAGCCUAGGGGUUAAAGAACCAUGAUUAAAAAAAAAAUCACUUCUCCAUGACCUGUGUUCCUAAAUUCAAAGACUAAAGUAUAGUGUUAUAGUGAGGAAAAGAUGGAGAAUUUAAUAUACAUGCAAUGUUUUAAAGAUGAAGCUUUGUUUGUAUUCAUAUAGUGCAGUAUUUUAAGAUGGAGGAUUGUGUAUACAUGUAGGGCUUAAGAUGGAGCAUUGCUCAUACACUUUACAGUACAUAUUGGGUAUGAAUGUUGCACUUUAAGACGAUGGAGCAUUGUAUGUACAUGUAGUGAAACAAUAUGUAAGAAAAAUGCUUGGCUGUGUGUAGAUGUGCGGCAACUGUGACCAUAAGCAUCGGGUUGUUUCGGGGUGUGUCCUGCAUGGCUGUAGUGAGGUAGAAAAUGCUUCAGAAUUUAUACUUCUUGUUAUGAUAUUAAUCAAGUGUUAAUUCUGGGCCUGAACUUAUGUGUAAAUUCUGUAUCUUACUGUUAAUGCUGACUGAAAAUACCUCUUGAUAAGUUAACUAAUCUGAUCCAACUAAUGUACCAGUACUUUGUAUUGAAGAUUUUAUUUUUAAAGGGCAUUGUAUUAUUAAUUUUGUAUAAAAGAAUGUGUUGAAGCUUGUGGAAAAUUAAAUUGGGUGGAAAUGAUAAAUGGAAAUUCUGCAUGUACAGUAGCUAAAACAAUUAUCUGUGCAGGUGGGGGGUCGAUAUGCUCCAAAAUUUUAUGUGUGACUAGUGACAGCCCUCAUAUACCAAAAUUUAUCGUCCAUGGUCUCAUUGUUAACUACAAAGUAUGCACAGAUAGUUGUUUUAGCUACUGUACAUAGAUGGUAGGAUCAUAAGAGCACUCUGACAACAAUAGAAAAACACAGUACAGUAAGUUGUUAAUUCUUACAAAUCAUUGUGUGUUGUUAACUGGAGUGUUGCAUUCAUAAGACAAAAAUCUGCCUGGAGUAAACAUUUUGCUUGGAUACUUUUCAAAAUUUAUGAGAUAACAGAAAGUUAAACAAUAAAUCUUAUACUGUAGGUGGAAUUAUUUUAAAAUUCUGAUAUUUGUUGAAUUUGAAAGUAUAAUAUGUGAAUUGUCUUUCAUGUAGAAUAUAAGUGAGUGCUUUACUGCGAACUCUUAAAUAUUCACUCACUCACUCACUUCCAGACUACAGUAACUCACACAUUUACUCAUUCUUAAACACAGGAAAAGUUCACUCCACAAUGUACAGUAUGUGAAGGCUCUCUAGGAGGAAGCAAGUACCGUACUGUACACCAUAAUUUCGUGUCCAUUUCUAGUAAUGUUGUUCUAUCAAUAUAUAUGAAACAUUUUUGUAUGGAAGGAAACUGUGAUACAUCAUUUCAUAUUUCAAUAAAUCUCUCUCUCAACUUGACGAGGAAGAGUUAACACCGUUGCUGUGGUGACCUUGAUUCUAAUAGAAGGUUUAUUAUUGCUUAGGUGUUCCUGUUCCUGAUUAAGUUUAGAUUCUGAAAGGAAAAGUCCAUCUCUGAAAUUACUUUUGUGAACUUAUAAAGAUAGUUUGAUAUAUACUGUAUGUAUUUAGUAGAGCUUUUACUACCUCUGUUAUUCUACCUUCCUUAACCUAAGGAAGAUCUUUAUAGAGAAUGGCUCUGAAGUGUACUGUACUGUAUCACCUAUCUAGUUACAGUGAGCCCCCAAGUGAUGACAAUUCUCAUGUUGACAUUUCAAACUAUCCUAAAACAUUAAAACAUGGACCAUACUGUACUGUACGUUCACACCUGACUGUCAGCUGGUGCCCUCGUAUGUUUGUGACCUGUGUUGGUAUUGGGCAGUUAUUAGCGCAGGUAACAGUUAUGAUUGUAUUAUUGGUUCAUUGCCAUUAAUUACUAUACUGUAGUUAUAUUCACUUGAUGAAUUGUUGGUUACUUCAUUGGGAGUAUUUUUUAUGUUCCUGUUUUUAUUAUGAUUUGGAUUUAAGAGGAACUGUUAUGGUAGACCAGUGAAUGAGUACACUGCCGGUAGAACUAUUCCAGAUAGAAUUGGAGUUUGGCAGUGUGACUCGGAUGUUCUUUAUAUAGUGUUUUCUAAGACUUUGCCUCUUAUUACAAUGCCCACUGUGGAGAAUUUGCAAGUAUGUAUAUGUUUCUUGUAUUAUUUUGGCUCUCAUAAAUUAUUUUUGUAUUUUGUGUAUUUUUUGGUAUCUUAUUACAUCAAUAACUGUUUUACAACAGUACUUAAAUGAAAUACAACCAAAGUAUACCUGUGACCUUUACUGCUUGAUGAUAGUUCCUUUUGAAUUGUUUUCCUUUUAAACACAGUUCAUUGUAAUAUUAACCUUGAUAACCCUAGGAGGGAUAUUCAUACUAGAUGUGAACAAACUAGUUCUAGAUUACAAAGAAACAGACAGACAGCCAUUAUUGUUUUAUCUUCUGCAGGUGAGUAUAAAAAUAAUCAAGCAUUAUAUAAGAGUUGUGGACUGUCAUUGUAAUGUAAAAUUUGGUGUGGUAUACCGUACUUAUGUAUAUGAACAUGCACCCCUACUUUUACAAUAAGGUAUGGUAUGUAAACACAGUUGUACAGUUCACUGGUACACCCUUGUCCAUUUAGUCUCUUCUCAGCGUCCUUCACCGUCUUUAUAACUCAGUAAAGUAUAUUUUUGUGAAACGGUUAUUCGAGUUAUUGGAAAAUCUUAAGUUUGUGUCUGAUAAAAGCACUUAUCAAUAGUACAGUACUAUACAUUGUGUGUACCUUCUCAGGAUGUUUUAGAUUAACUAGAUUAAAUUGAAGUGCAGUAUUCAUGAAGUCUUUUGAAUGAGAUUAAGUUAUGCUGAAGUAGUAUUUGGAUCAAAAGAAUUGCAACUGUUCCUUUGGUAUUAAUUACUGUACUGGUAUUACUUUAUCAAGUAUUUACUUAAAAGUACUGUAAUGUAGGGAAGUUACCUGUGGAAGUCUGGUUUAGUAUAUGUUUUUGACCAGGUAUUGUAUAUUGCCUAGGUAACAGAAUAUGUCAGUGAGACUUAUCAGCAGUAUUUUGUGCAGGUUACUUUAUAAAGGUGGUAUUUCUGAGUAUUUAUUUAAGAAUAAAAUUAAUAUGAAAGUACUGUACUUUCAGGUGUGUAAGAAUUGGGAAAUGUAAAGAAAGGAUGAAUAGAAAAUGCAUGGUAUCAGUGGAUAUUAUUACUGACCAUCAAACAUAAGAGAAAACUUCAUCUUGAUUAGUUUCUUAUGAAGUCAUUUGGUUUAUUGAAAACUGAGGUACUAAAGACCACUGUUGAAAACAUUUUUAUUGUGUAGUAGUCAUGUUGAACAGUUAAGUAAUAUAUUAUGGUAUAUGUAAAGACCAAAUUACUUUACUGUAAUUUAGUGCCGUUUAGAGAUCAAAAGGCUUCAACUAUAGUCCCAGAAUGUGAACAAGAUGCCACAAAUACAUAUCCAUGAGAUGGUGUUAAUACUUGUGCCACCUCCCAAGUUAAAGAAGAACUGUGCAUCAAGUAACAGGAGAGAUAUUUAAGAUUUCAGUGAGGUGUCCGUAUAACACUGAAGAACUUGAAUUGUAUACAAGCUAAAGAAUCUCCAGUGUAAAUGGUUAUGUAUAGAAAACAGGCCAGUUAUAGAUGCUUCAUUUGCUGUAAUUAGCUAGAUAUCAUACAUUGAGAUUAUUCCAAAUGCAUUGUUGAAAAGCUUGUAAGUGCUGUGACAAACAAAAUCAUUUUCGUGUUGAAUAUAAAACGCCAUUGUCAUUGUGUCACUUAAUAUUUUGUCAAAAGUUAGAUCUCUAUUUGCUGUAGAUGUUGUUAAAUGUGCUCAUAAAUUUCCUUUCCUAUUUUAACAGUUUAAUGUGCUUGUUUUUAUGUAGAUCCAGCACUCGCCUUCAGUCCAAAGAGUUGUUGGUACCCGUCGUCCACUCGGCCGUGAAUGGGUAUACCUAACUUAUAUGCUGGGGGAAAGUAAAGUGAAUCAGAUGUAGUGCUGGCUACAGUGUCUCCUGUGUAUAGAAUGCUUAAUAAUCAGAGUGUUGUGUCCCCACUGCCCAUAUUGUGUCAGGCUGAUGGGUACCCUCUUUAAGCUUUUAUGUUAUUGUGCACCCACAUGAUAUAAGUAAUGUAGGUAUUUUUCAGCACAAAGUUUAAUUGUUUUACAAGUGUGACAUAUAUUAUGUAAUCAUAUGCCAGGAGUUGCCAUUAGUGAGAAAACCUGUCUUAUGGACCCUAUACCAUUCUAUCUGCCUUUGAACGUGUGAAUCAUUCCAUAAAUGUGAACGAGACAUUUUGAUCACCUCAUGUUUCACUACAAACUUUGAUAUGUAUAUAAUUAUAUUUUACUGUAAAUAAAUGCCACAGAAUGUU